AUAACUGUUGUGCGAUUUAUUUAAACAAAGGUGUGCGCCCGCUCUUAUAGUCCGUUUAACAAAUGUUUUGUGUUGUAAAUGACACUGAACAGCCCCAACAUAAGCCUUCUGGAGUUUUUUUGCCUCAUUUUUGAGCUUGAUUAGGUAUUUAUAGGUUAUGUAUUUUUUCCAUUCAAAAUAGACAUUAGAAUUUACGUUUUUUUGUAGUUUUAACACCUGUAUAACAAAGCAUAUUUUCUAGAACAGCCUAUUAAUAAUAUGUAAACAGCUGUUAAGUGAAAGAGUUAUUGUUUUGUUGAUUUAUUUUACGAUAUUAAAAUACAUACAAGACGGUUCAGUUAAUAUUUAAGUACGCAUAAAACAGCGCCAUUUUUACGUUUGACAGUUCAUUUUGUCUGUGGAAUUAUUAGGUAAUAGAUUAUAAAAGUUGGCAGUUCUUGUUACAAAUAUAUAAAAUUCUCGGAAUUAUAAUGCUACGAAAUAAAAAAUAUGUGUACGGUUCGGAUUCAGUGUUGGUGCCCUCUCAUCUUCAUUUCGGUACCUUAAUGUUGGAGAAGUGUAAAUUGUAUAGAGAUGCGAUUGCCUUGUUAGAUGCAUUUACUGGCGCUAAAAUGUCUUACGGUGAGUUGGCGCAGUUGUCGGUUGACAUAGCGCUGUCUCUCUCUCGCAUAGGAGUGAGAAAAGGAGAUGUGAUAUGCAUUUGUUCUGAAAAACGAAUGGAGUUUAUACCUACAAUGAUAGGAGUUUUGUGCGUUGGUGCAACGUUCACGACAGCCGAUAUUAGUUGUAGGAACGCUACAAUACUCUAUCGUAUAAAUAUGACAAGACCUAGAAUAAUGUUUUGUUCGACUGCUACUUAUAAAAUACACAAGGAAACUUUAAAGUCUGUGGCAACACUGGAGAAAAUUAUUGUCUAUGGAGACAUAUCUGCGGAUGGAGUUAUACUCUUCAAGAACUUUUUAUCGGAGCAUGCUCCUAUUGAAGAUUUCUCUCCUACACCAGUUAACGGUUGGCGUGAUGUCGCAUUAGUGUUAUAUUCAUCCGGAACUACAGGACAACCGAAGGCUGUACCUCUUACACAUCUUAAUUACCUUCUGUGCCAUCAACAUGGACUUCGUAACAGUCAAUUUACAAAUACCAAAAUGCUGAGUACUCGAGAAUGGUAUUAUACUUACGGUCUGAAUCAUACAAUCGGGACGUUACUCGUCGGUGCUACUGUGGUAUUCACGAGGGACCAAAUCAUUGAUUAUUUACAAGCAAUCCAGGAUUACAAGGUUAGCAUUAUACAAGUAGUGCCUACCACAAUAAGAGAUCUCGUCAAUUCUAACCUACAAAAUUAUGACGUAUCUUCAUUACUUUGUAUGAUGUCAACGAGCACUCCAAUCGACGCUGAUUUAGUAAAAACUGCAAAAUUGAAGUUUCCUAACCUCAAACAAGUCUCUCAAAUGUACGGUAUGACAGAAGCUGGUUGUUUGUGCGAUGAUUUAAGAUCUCCAGAUGGUUCAAAACCGGGGAGUGUUGGUUGUGUAAACCCGGGUGUUGUUUUCAAGAUAGUAGAUCUUAAUACCAGAGAAGCUCUAGGACCAAACGAGCGAGGUGAAAUAUGCUUCAAAACACCAUCUCUGAUGCCAGGUUAUUUAGGGGACAUGUCUCUUGAUUAUUUAGACGAAGAAGGUUUCUUUAAAUCCGGCGAUAUCGGCUACUACGAUGAAGAUCGUUACAUCUACGUUACGCAUAGAAUAAAAGACAUCAUCAAAUACAAAGGAGCCACGGUGUCUCCAAGUGAGAUAGAAGCAGUACUCCUGCAGUAUCCAGGAGUUAAAGAAGCUUGUGUAGUAGCAAUCGACCAUACACACGGGGAAGUUCCCGCCGCGGCUGUGGUAGCGGAUGACGUCACUGAAGAAGAUCUUAUGACGUUUGUGGCUGAACAAUUAACAUCCAUCAGUUUGGAAGGAGGUAUAAGAUUUGUUGAUCACCUACCCAAAGUUGCUGGUGUAAAAUUUGACAGAAAAGCCAUUAAAGAUUUAUUUGAAGAUUAAGGUUUUCUGUAACAUAAUUUGGAUACAAUAAAUGGUUAUAUCUUAAA